AUGUCUCCCAAUAAAACACCAACCCCCCUCAAUUCUGAAGAGCUCUCUGCUCUCAAGCAAGCCUUCAGCCUUUACGACCGUAACAAUGACGGUGCCAUUGCUAGCGAAGAGUUUGCCGAGAUCUUGAAGAGUCUCGGUAUUGCGAGUCAAAAGGACCAAAUUCAAUCCAUUAUCUUGGCUGUUGAUAGUAAUAAAGAUGGUUUGAUUGAUUUUGAUGAAUUUGUGGUUGCCAUGACACGUCAUAUGCCUCCUGAAGAAGUCAAGGGUGGUCCAUUAAGCAGGUCUAUCGCUAAUAGCCGGUCCUCUACUAUGCGUGAGCCCAGCUUCCACGAAGAAGACGAAUUGAAAGAGGUAUUCAAGGCAUUCGAUAAAAACCAGGAUGGUAUGAUCAGCUAUGACGAAUUGGAGGAAGUUAUGACAAAGCUUGGAGAGAAAUUAUCGGCUUCUGAUAUCAAGAACAUGAUGGACGACGCAGACAUAAACAAGGAUGGGUUUAUUGACUUUGAGGAGUUCAAGAAUAUGAUGCCCAAGGAUGAAGCACAAUAAGAACGAGAUUCUUUUUUUUUAAUAUCAUUAUAAUUAUUUACUUUGCACUGGUAUUACUAUAAAAUAGAUUUCUUUUUUUGAAUCGGU